UUCUGAAAGAAUCCAAUUUGCAUGUCGCUUUCUCUUUUUACUGUCUUCAGUAAGCAGUUUACCAGACUGAGUACAACUCACAAAUGCUCUGUCUACAACCCCUUCAUUCCUUUCUUCUUCUCCUCUUCCCCUUCAGAUUCAAACCCCCAUAGUAGCAUACCUACUCCUUCACCUAGCUUCCUAAAUUUAUCACAACACAUACCUAUUUUUCCCCACUCCAUUCUCCAAUCCAAACCAUUAUUCUAGGAUCCUGGUUUUUCCUUUGUUUUGUAGCUUCCUAUAUUAGUCUAUUUUGUCAUCUUUCACCAAACUCUUGAAGGGACAUCUCAAAAAAGCAUGUUCUUUUCAGCUGGAUGGAGCUGUAACUCUGAGUCAAAAUCAUGAUUGUGCCUUUUGGUUUUUAGUUUCUGAUAAAUCUGGAUUCUUUGUGUACUUGGGUGUUCUGUUUUCCUUUAAAAUUAGAUCAAGUUACGUCCUUUGUUUUUCUCCUUCUUCCACUAUAGCUUCAUCAAGCUCGUGUUUUUCCACUAUUUUCCUUGACCCUUUUGCUGAAAGUUAGUAUUUUUGCUAAGCAAUGAUUCCUUUAGCAAAACCCCAAUGGAAGUUUCUCCUCCUUUUUCUGGUUUUCAUUCAUUUCAAGAGAACCAGUUCUUACCCUAUGGAACCCAUGAACUGUACGGACACAAGCCGUGUCUGCACUUCUUUCAUGGCCUUUAAGCCUCAACCGAAGCAGACACUGGCGGAGAUACAGAGCAUGUUUGAUGUGUUGCCUGGUGACAUCACUGUUGAAGGCAAUGGCUGGGACUACAUGUUCAUCAGGAAGAAUUGUUCUUGUGCUGCUGGUAUCAAGAAAUAUGUGUCUAACACCACCUUCACUGUGAAAUCUAAUGAAGGGUGGGUGUAUGAUUUGGUAAUGGAUGCCUAUGAUGGGCUUGUGAUCCUUCCUAAUACCACAAGGAGGGCAAGGAAUGGUGCUGUUAUCUCUCUGAGGUUGUUCUGUGGCUGUUCCAGUGGACUUUGGAACUAUCUGAUGAGUUAUGUGAUGACAGAUGGGGAUAGUGUCGAAUCUCUGGCGAGCAGAUUCGGGGUUAGUAUGGGCAGCAUUGAGUCUGUAAAUGGCAUUGGUGAUCCUGAUAAUGUGACUGUGGGCUCACUUUAUUACAUACCUAUGAAUUCGGUUCCUGGUGAUCCUUAUCCCCUGAAGAAUGCUUCUCCACCAGCUCCUGUUCCUACCCCAUCUGUUGAUAAUUUUUCAGGUGAUCAAGUCGAUCAUAAGGCUCAUGUACCAUAUGGAUGGAUUAUUGGGGGUCUAGGAGUUGGUCUUUUUCUGAUAAUAUUAAGCGUAAUGCUCUGUGUUUGUAUGAGAUCAUCAAGUUGUUUUGGUGAAGCCAGAAGUCAUGAAAAAGAUGCUGACGGAAAGAUCUCUCAUAAAUUCCAUAUUCUUCGGAAUCCAAGUUUCUUUUGUGGUUCCGGAAGGUACAUCUGUGGCAAACAUGUAGGCCAGAAGCAAAAAGAUGGUGAAUCCAGCAAUCACACGAUUACCAUUCCCAAAGCUUCAACUUUGGGGCCUGACAUAUUUGACAUGGAUAAGCCUGUAGUUUUUACAUACGAUGAGAUUUUCCCCUCAACUGAUGGAUUCUCUGAUUCAAAUCUACUUGGGCAUGGAACAUAUGGAUCUGUUUACUAUUGCCUCCUUCGUGACCAGGAAGUUGCUAUUAAAAGAAUGACUGCUACAAAAACAAAAGAAUUUAUGGCAGAGAUAAAAGUUCUGUGCAAGGUUCAUCAUGCUAAUCUGGUAGAAUUGAUUGGCUAUGCAGCAAGUCAUGAUGAGUUUUUCCUAGUUUAUGAAUAUGCUCAAAAGGGUUCACUCAGAAGCCAUUUGCAUGAUCCUCAAAAUAAGGGGCAUUCCCCUCUUUCUUGGAUCAUGAGGGUGCAGAUCGCACUUGACGCUGCAAGGGGCCUUGAAUACAUUCAUGAACACACAAAAACUCAUUAUGUCCACCGUGAUAUCAAGACAAGCAACAUUUUACUGGAUGCUUCCUUUAGAGCAAAGAUUUCAGAUUUUGGAUUAGCAAAACUUGUUGGGAAAACAAAUGAAGGAGAAGUAUCAACUACCAAAGUUGUUGGUACAUAUGGAUAUCUUGCUCCAGAAUACUUGAGUAAUGGCCUUGCAACUACCAAAAGUGAUGUAUAUGCAUUUGGUGUUGUCCUUUUUGAGAUUAUAUCAGGAAAGGAGGCCAUCAUUCGAACAGAAGGCACAGUGACAAAAAAUCCGGAAAGACGUUCACUGGCUUCAGUAAUGUUGGCAGCUCUUAGGAACUCACCUGAUUCCAUGAGCAUGUCAGGCGUGAGAGAUUAUAUUGAUCCAAAUAUGAUGAAUCUGUUUCCCCAUGAUUGUGUAUUUAAGAUGGCCAUGCUGGCAAAGCAAUGCGUGGACGAUGAUCCAAUCUUACGACCUGAUAUGAAGCAGAUUGUGAUUUCUCUCUCACAGAUUCUCCUUUCUACUGUUGAGUGGGAAGCCACUCUAGCUGGGAAUAGCCAAGUAUUCAGUGGCCUUGUUCAGGGAAGAUAGAUAGUUGCAAAGCAACAUGAACAUCUCUUCUCUUCCAUUCACUUCUUCAACAACAGGAUUCUUUUUUCUGCAUCCUGCAUUAUUUGAUCCUUUUUUAUUAUCCAUAAGAGGAGCAGGGACUUGAAAGCUAUUAUCUUGAUUUUGUUUAGCUAAAUUCCAAUGUGUAGAAAGUUUUCUUUGUCAUUUAGAGUUUAUGUUUAUUACUUUGUGAUUUGUACUUGAUAUUAGUUGUCACUCGAUAGUAAUCUAUGUAUGCUUAUAUUCUUUGAUUC